AUGGCACGCAGCACAGCCGAAAAUAUCGCUCACAAGCAUCGCGAUCCUCUGAACAAUCACGAAUUAGUUCGAGUCGUACAGCCAAAUAAGCCUGUUCUUACUCACGACGUUCGAGAUUUACGCGUUGAAUAUGCGGAAUGGGCUACUAAGGAGCAAGAGAAUAGUGCUAUAUUCAUCUUUGUCGACGAAACUUACUGUCAUUUUGGAGGGCAUUGUAGGAACAAACCAAAGAUUACAAAGCCAAAAGGUGCAGAUCCACAUCUCUACGCACGUUUUGAUCCUGCAGAGCAGUUUCAAUUGAUGGUAUGGGGUGCAAUUGGUCUGUACGAAGAUGAGAUCAAAUUCCCUUUUUGGAUAUGGGAGCCAGAAACAGAGGAGGAUAAAUAA